AUGAACCUUAAAAAUUGGAUCAAAAGCAUUCCAGUUCACAUGGUAAGAUUACUUUCUACUUUAGCGUAAUUAUUUUAUAAAUAGUAGUACCACGAUCACCAAAGAUCACCUUGUCUUAAAACAUAAGCAUGUUCAUGUUCAUAGGUCUGCUAGCUGAGGACUUCAGCUUUUAAGGCGAAAUGUUGGAAGCACGGUGUAGUCACCCUAUUACGUAGGGUGCUUCUGAGCUGAGACCCUAUUAUGAUCAAGCAAUUGCACGAAGCCUGGUUUAUUCAUCAUGCAUGCAUGCGCUUUAAUGUGUCUACACUGUAUUUUUAAGACCCAAUUUACAAUUUAUUACAAUUUUACAAUGUUAUUACAGUUUUCUCCAAUGUAGUAAGCAAAAGUAUAAGCAUAUACACUGAAAAAAUUAGUGUAGGAGGAGAGGGAAGCAUCCAAAAGUGCACUAGGCACUGUAAGUGCGAUGCUCCCCAGAAAACUACAAUAUAAUAUGGAGAUGUAUAUAAUACAAAUCGUAUCUAAAUCUAAAAUAAAUUUAAAAAAAUCUAAAAUAUCCGAAAUUUAAACUGUAAAAAAAGGAAUCUACAAAAAUACUAGAGAAGAUCUCAUACGAGUAUGCUGGCCCUCAAGAAACAAUAGUCAUGAAUUGUAACAGGAUGGCGUCAUGCCGGUUGGCACCAGCCCUGGUGUUCCACACCCACAGGAAAUCUGCUCAAAGUAUGUGACAAAGACAGAGAAUGUUUCGGACCAUCCACAACCAAACUGGUAAUAAUAAUGAUCUUUAUCCAGAUAUUUUCCAAAGUUUAGAAGGAGUAUGCGGCAACUUUGUCCACACUCAUUUUGGAAACAGAAGAGGGUUGAAAUCCACACUCAGUAAUUGGUUGCUUUUUAAGUAGCCAGUAGGAAAAUAAUAAUUUCCAAUCUGCAAUGGGGUAUCUCUGAUAAUAUGCAAGGUUAAAGCUCAGUCUGACAGAAUGACUGUUCCAUUUUCACCAUCAGACUAAUGUUGUUCAAGGCUGUUCUCUAAGGAAAAUUGAAGGGAGCCCAGUGCUCUGAAACUGUAAAAUCUAGGGUGCCCAGCUUAUGAUUUGUAUGAAAAAAGUAAGAUUUGCUAGUCGCCCGAGAGCAAACGUUAGGCACCAGGGGCCACCGGGCUAUGCUAGAGCACAGCCCUGUUGUUCCUUUAAUAGUUAUUGUAACUGAAUGCAAAGCCAAUGCUACACUGACAAGGUUCAUAUAAACCAUGGUCUUGCCUGAUCAGAAAGUGGCAUUUAUGAUUAACCAAACAGUCACCAGCUGUGAAGCUAUAAAAUUCAAAAGUAAUAACCAAAAAAGGAAUUACUUAUAAAACCAUUGUACUCCACUCCAAAGACUCGCAUUAUCUACACAGAAUUGGAGGGUAUCAGUAGUUAAUUGCAAUUCUCCAUAAUUAGUUAGUUGGUGUAGCUUCGAGUUUAGGCUAUGAUUUGUUCUUUUAAAUGCGGAUCUGUAGAUCACUCUUCAUGAGAAUUCGAGUACAUCCUGCAAGCAUCUCUUAAUCUCUGGACCCGGCGCAGCAAAACAUGUUAGGGAGUCAUUGCAUUCACGGACAAAACAACUCUACAUUUAAAAAUUAAGAACAGAAGGUUAAAGUUGUGUAGGCCCACCAAUUUCACUGUUGCGUGUAGAAAACGUUCUAAUAGUUGCAAAACACAAUAACAGUAUUUUCACUAAUACUUCUUUAGGGUCAGUGUGUGUGUAUGAAUCCCUGAGGUACAAUUUUUUUUGUUUGCUCAAAGUUAGAGAUUUUGUUCAGAAAAAUUCUGUGUAAGUGUUCACAAUGUUGGACUAAAAUUUGUUGUUCCUUACCCUCUGCAGAGUUGUGAAAGUGGCACUGGAUAUAAUAUAAUUAUGUGGUUUGAAAAGUCACUAUAAAAUUAUUUCCCCUAUUAUUUUACCAUUUUCUCUAUACAGCUGUACAUGUAUAUUUUUAACAAAAUUACCCCUAUAUUAAGCCCUAUAUUUUUGCUUGAGGUUACUUCAAGCCCUGAAUUUGGCACCCUUUGUUGACACCAAUCUGGCAUUGACCCAGUCCUAGAGAUUGCACACUCCAAACUGUCAACCUUUCCUGCCUUUGAAAUACUACAUCUAUACCCUAUUUUAAGAAGUUAUUGGAAGUGGAUAUUCUAUUCUACAUCUUACAUUCUGAAAUCACAACCCUGUUGCAUUGGGUAUCCUUACUCAAUAGGCUUGGCAUCCAAGUGCUUAACCAAACGUGAUACAAACCUUUGUCAUUUUCUGAUGGAAAUUAAGCUUAAAACUACUAGUUAGCAUAAGAACAACAUGAUAUACAUAAUGAAGCAGGAAGGGUUGUACCAAAGUAAGGUCAACUCCAGCCUCAUCUCAAUCCGUAACUACAUGUACGGCUGUACAUUGUAUAAAAUGGAUUAUUGAUGAGAAAGGGGUGCUUAUUUGAGUACAUGUAUGUACAUGUAGUGCACUUAUUUGAAGGAGGCUCUUACAGGCCAGCACUUGGAGUUCCUACAAUUCGUUUAAGGUCUCCUGGUUUUUACAAGGCUCCCAGUCCCUGGGUGAGUUGUGAACUGACAUUGAUCUGGACUGGUCCUUUUUUAGUACAUGUACAGUGUACGUAUGUUACUAACUGUUGACAUUUAGGCAUUGUUAUAAUUGUAUUGUAGAAAAGCAAACAAUUUGUGCAAAACAAUAUGAUUAAUAUCAUUUUAUUCCUAUGUUUUAGGACUAUGAAGGACAGAAAUUAGCAGAAAGACUCUUCCACAUUAUCAUAUUAUUUUUUGGGGUAAACAUUUAAUUCAUUCUUGCUUACUUAACAAUUAAUGAAUGAGGCUGAAUAUCUUAUGAAGAAUAUUAUUAUGGAGAAUGAGGAGGGUAUUAUCGGCGGAUAACACCCUCCGAGAUCUCCAUAAUUCGUCAUAUGAUACGAAAGCCGAAUUCAAUAAUUGUUUUAUUAUUCAUUCAAAAUAAUUCCUAGUUUAAAAACAAUGGCUAAAAUGUGCUUACCUCCAUCGAUCCAUCAACAUUAAGUUCAUCUUCGAUAGUGCACGUUUAGGUUUGUCCAGCUCCACAAAUAUUCUCCAAAUAGCAGAUGUCGCCCUUUGAGUUGUCUUCUUGCUGUUCUUGCCACGUUUUUAGCUAUUUUUUUGCCUAGUUCUUACUCUUGAAACAAGUGAAAUGUCCACCAUUUUUCAAGUUCACAAGCAAAACAACUCAACCUCGUCCCAAGGUCUUCUCGGUUAACAGUGCCUUAACCUGCUAAAACGCUACAUUUUUGACGUCAUUUCCUUGUUAAACACAAACUUCUUCCAAAUUUGGUCAUCAGUAACUGGUUAUGGUGAAUUAAACGUGUGUUUUUAGCCAAUCAGAAUCGGGAAAAUAUUUUGAAUGAAUAAUAAUUUACUUUAAGGGUUUCGGGGCAUGAAAUGAACCAUGAUACAUGUCCUUGAAGAAACAUUCGCUUUAUAACUUGAAUUGAUCUUGUUUCGAGCAUACAGUCCCUUGCGCGAAUAUUAAACCAUGCUGCAUUGUGUUACAGCUGUACAUGUAUCUUUUGAAAAAUUAUCGAGAAAUCAGUCAUGAGUGAAUCUUUUGUUUUCUGUCCUGCGAGACUCAAUUCUCGACACAAUUCUUGAUAGCUUGUUCUUGAUUCACGCAGGAAUCGAGAAUCGCGAAUCGAGUCAAGAAUCGAGACUCGCAACAGACUGUCAACUUACUUUUGAACAGUACUGCAAUAGAUAGGAGGCAAUCAAAAGAGAGGGGCAUUCUCAUAACUAUGAUAAGCUCAACAAAAAUAAUACUCUUUCAAUGAAAAUAUUGUAAAGAGAGUUUAGAAGAAUAAGAGAAUAUUCAGUCUACCCAUUAAUACAAUGUAUGUCUGAUCAAUAGGCCAUUUCUGAGUUCCCCCAGGCCUCUGUAUCAAAUCAAGGUCAAGUGCUCAGCCUUUGAUAUGGAAAAAAUUUUCAUUCUCAUGCAAAUCACACUCAUUUUCACAAGAAAGGUUGUGCACCUAGCCUCAUUUUGAAAGUGAGGGUUUUUGGAACUUGAAGUGGCCUAUUUAGGGUUCUGGGAAGCUGCCUACCUACCCCUCCCCAAAGCCAACAUUUUGCCCUAAGUGAGGAGAAAGUGAUAAAGAUGUUGGCUUAGGGAAGGGGUAGGUGGGCAGCUAGAGAUCCAUAUCAAUCUUUCAAAUCUCAAAAUAAGUGUCAGAAAUUCAGAAUCCUUGGUCAGGAUUAUUGUGUUGUGAUUGUUAAUCUAGCCUUACUGUGAACUUGACAUUGAAUGGGGCACAAUGCACAGCAAGAAACUUUUUAAUAAUUAAAACUGAAUGAUUUGGUUCUUUUUUUUUCCAGUUCCUAGUAUUUUGGAUAAAUUUUUUCGCCAUUGUCUAUAAGGCAGAGGGUGUUUUUAGAGAGACCCAUGUAAUACAAACUUAACAUCGUAGAGGGGCUGUUUAUUAGAUAAGUGGCAUUUAUAUUAGAGUAGGCAUCUAUUAUUAUACCACACAUGCAUGUUCAUUGCUUUCAGGUUGUUGGGUUUCUGUGGGGAUAUUAUAUCCAACAGUUUGGUGCAACUGUUAUUAUUCUUGCUGCUGGAUUCAUAGUCAGUUGUUUGGUAAGUACUGUGUUUCCUCCUGAAGGUGUCAACCUUUAGUUUUACAUGUACAAUGCCUUCCCCCAUCCCUGGCCUUAAGCACAAAACAUGAAUUCAUAAUGUAAAAUAGUUAUGUCUAAUUAUGUCGUUGGGCCCCUGCCUACCUGAAGAAGCUUCUAAGAUUCAAGUCAUUCAAGGAGAGUGCUGCUUAAAUGUAAGAUCAAAAUGGCAGUACCCAAUUAUUAAUUAAAAUGUUCUAAGUGCAAGACCUUUGGGGUCGGGGCCUUCGCUCAUGUUGGCCUCUCCCUUUGUUGCUGGGGACGUUUCUCACGAAACGCCCCCAGCGGUGAAGAGCGAGGAGAAACGGAUGUUUUCGCAGGCUACUCCCUUUGGAUCACUCUUCCUGUACCUACCAGAAGUACUUACUGUUUUGAAAUAAAUAAAAAAAAUACAUGAUGUACAAGCUCUAAGUGUGCAGAUUGACUUUAGUGACAUACCGGUAGCUGAAUCAAACUUAUGGUACAUGCAGGAUGCAUUUAUGUUAAACUAUGAAAUAUGAUUUGUUUUGGAACCAGAUCGUACUACCACCAUGGCCCAUGUACAGAAAGAAUCCACUUGACUGGCAGAAACCACGACCAGAAAAGAGCGACACAAAAAGGGAAGGAGGAAAGAAGAAGAAAUAG